UAUACUAGGAUAUGUAUGUUUUUUUAUAUACUAAGAUAUGUAUGUUUUUUUAUAUACUAAGAUAUGUAUGCUUUUUUAUAUACUGGGAUAUGCAUGUUUUUUAUAUAUAAGAUAUGUAUGUUUUUUUAUAUACAAGAUAUGUAUGUUUUUUUAUACUAGGAUACGCAUGUUUUUUAUAUAUUAGGAUAUGUAUGCAUGUUUUUUAUAUACUAGGAUAUGUAUGUUCUUUAUAUACAAGGAUAUGUAUGUUUUUUAUAUACUAAGAUAUGUAUGGUUUUUAUUUACUAAGAUACGCAUGUUUUUUAUAUACUAGGAUAUGUAUGGCUCCUCCCAAUAAACCGCCUACUCUCUGGCUCCUCCCAAUAAACCGCCUACUCUCUGGCUCCUCCCAAUAAACCGCCUACUCUCUGGCUCCUCCCAAUAAACCGCCUACUCUCUGGCUCCUCCAAAUAAACCCUUUAAAGGCAUAACUGAUAUAAUGAAUGAUGGGAAAUUUGUUGUCAAGACCAAAACAAUUAGUAAAAAAAAGUCAUCAGAUUUGAAUGGACUCUACAUAUGUCCUGAUUCUAGUUCAGCCCCCAGGCAUAAAGAGGGAAUGUACUUUUGAAUCGUGUCUUAAAAGUAGCUCAGAACUAGAAACAAGACAUGGACAACAUGUGAUGCUAUAAUUGCAUGACCCCUAGGUAAAAUCUACAUUAAAUUUGACUGUUUGAUACUGAAAUGCUUCAUUCAAAGAUUCCCUUUCUUUCAAGUAACAACAUUACUAUAUUGUGAGGGAGUUUCUUUCAAAAUGGUUUACAUUGUGAUUCUGAUUAUUGUGCUGCUGUUCUUCCUUCUUUAUGCCUUGCUGGAUGACCUGUACCUCUUCAAGUUCAAAAAACUACCCCCUGGGCCAUUCUCCCUCCCUAUUAUUGGAGGAGUGCAUUUACUGGGCCGGGAACCUUACAAGAGCAUUCAAAACCUGGCUCUCAAGUACGGUGACAUAUUUAGCUUGCGAAUGGGGAUGCGAGAAAGAGUCGUCUUUAUUGAGGAUCCAGAGCUCAUGAAACAGUUGUUGAAAUCGGAGUAUUUGGCAGAUCGACCACAUUCACCCUUCUUUGAUAUUAUAUCAAAAGAUGGUCAUGGCAUUGGAUCUCGGCCCUAUGAUUUCACAUGGAGGUUGCACACCCGCCUAAUCCAAUCUAACAUGAGCAAAGUCAUUCAAACCCAGCUGGAUGACAUCUUACAAAAUGCCGUUGAACAGUUAUUCAGAAAACUUGAAGGAAUGAGAGGUGAACCAUUUGCACCUGACCAAGCCAUUCACACUUGUUUCCUGAAGACUCUGGGAAGUUUUAUUUUUGGACAUGACUACACCGCAGCUGAUGAUUACAGACUACAACAACUCCUGUGGCUGAAUACUGAGACAAUGAAGGGACUUAACCCUGUAAAUUGCAUCAAUAUGAUACCGGGAUUAAAACAUGUCAGUCUGCCAUUUUUUCCAAAUUACAGAGACGUAAAUAAGGCAAAAGAAAAGAUGCUUCACGAUGAAUUUGAACGUCAUAAUGCAAAUUUUGAUGGCCAUGCAAGAGACAUGAUGGAUGUAAUUCUACAAGAGUUGAAAAACAGUCCAAAAUUACGACAUCCACAGGAAGAAGAUCGACUUCAACUCAACAGUCUCCUCAUGUCCCUGUUUACACUGGUCGUUGCAGGGGAACAAACCCUGUCCGUUAAUAUUCUGUGGUUGCUUCUAUACUUGGCUAAGCAUCAGGACUGUCAGGAGAAGAUAUACAAAGAGCUCCGAGACAACACAGUGAUAGCAACAGACUUCAUACAAAUCCACACCAAGGACAAGUUCCCAUACACAACUGCAUUUUACAUGGAAACCAUGCGAUACGUCACGUCAAAUUAUUUUGGAAUUCCUAGAGCUUGCUCGAGUGAUAUCCAUGUUAGAGGGUAUAUCAUUCCAAAAGGAACAACAGUUUUCCCAAAUUUCUGGAGCAUGAAUCGCAGUGAAAAAUUCUGGUCUAAUCCACAUGAAUUUCAACCAGAUCGAUUUCUCAAACUUGACAGUGAACAGUUAUCAAAUACCCCUGGCUUUUAUGUUUUUGGAUAUGGACGCCGGCCGUGUAUCGGACAUCAGUUGGGGAGGGCAUGCUUGUUCUCAUUUCUCUGCAAUAUUGUCAACAAGUUCCACGUUUUCCUCCCAGAUGAUGAAAAGCCUGACAUGCAAGGGAGAGCCAAUCUAGUUAUCGAGCCCCCCAUAUUCAAAUUGAAAUUCCAAAAACGGAGUUAACUUAUCUAUGAAUAUUGUUUUUGCAUGAAUACUGCUUUACUUCAGUGCAGUCAAGAUGGUCAAUAAAAUUAAACAAUGCAGUGUUCUUCUGUAUGAGAAAUUAUCAAGGAACGUCCUGAAUUAUUACAGAGCUGUGAUGUUCUCAUGGAGGAGAUUGUCAAUUCAUAGAAUGUACACAUGUUCAUUAACUGAAAAUGUAUCAGUUAACACAAUACUAGAAUCACGAGGGAAUCAAGUGACGUGAAGAGAGGGUUGUAUUCUUGUUAUCAGUGACUUCAUGGAUUUUCCCAUUUGAUAAUUACUAAUGUAUAUAUGUUCACAUAGUCUCCUAUGGAAGAAAUAAAGAAUGCCUGUCUGUC